AUGUAUCGCAUCAAUUCUUGCAAGGACAUGUCAAACUGGAGAAUCAAACAAAAGCUAGGUUACAACCCCAGAGAAACAGAUAUGUCCUUCAAUAUAAUUCCACCUAUCCAUCAGCGGAGAACAAAGUUCGACAAAUUUGAGAAGGAGGUCAAGGACAAAUCUUCAAGGUUAUUCGGCAACAGCACAUGUCCCUCUGUCCUCGACACGUUUGAACGCCACGCAAUGUUCCGGUCAAGUUGUCCAUGGUAUAUUGAACUGUCUGUGGACAAAACCAGAAUUCCUGUUACAAUGGCAAAAGCGAAAUGCAGUUGUACCGAGUGCAUUAUGAAUGUUUCGUCUGGCCGCCAGAGUCGUCCCAAUCCUGGUUUCUCAUGUGAGACAGUGAAAACUUACAGAAAAGUGCUGAGAGAAAUUCUAAAUGAAUGCGAUCAAAAUGGCUUCAAAAUGUAUCGUGUGGAUAUAGAAGAAGUACCUGUUGCAUGCACGUGUGUAGCGACACGAGAGACUGGUUGAAUAUUGAA